ACGGUGGCCCUCUGCCGGAAGUCCCAAAGGUUACCUCCAGCACUGGAAACGUUGAGAGCUGAGUUUGCCCGCGGAGUCUUGUGUCGCCGUAGCGGUUUCUCUGGUCAUCCUUGGGGAGAAAUGUCGUCCAUAAAAAAGGAGAUAAUUUCUGGACUCCACUCUUCCGCUGCAGAGGGAGAUAUUGCCAAGUUGGCAGGCAUACUCAGCCAUUCUCCUUCUCUUCUCAACGCAGCCUCCGACAAUGGCUGGACUGCCUUAAUGUACGCUGCAAGGAACGGGCAUGCUGAUGCCGUCCAGCUUCUGCUUGAGAAAGGAUGUGACAGAUCACUUGUCAAUAAGUCAAGGCAAACCGCACUAGAUAUCGCUGUAUUUUGGGGCUAUAAGCAUAUAGCUAACAUGUUAGCUAAUGCCAAAGGUGGGAAGAAGCCAUGGUUCCUCACCAAUGAAGUGGACGAAUGCGACAAUUAUUUUAGCAGAACGCUACUGGACCGGAAAAGUGAGAAAAGAAAUAAUUCUGACUGGCUACAAGCUAAAGAGAGCCACCCAGCCACGGUCUAUAUCCUCUUCUCAGACUUAAACCCCCUGGUUACUCUAAGUGGGAACAAAGAGAGUUCACAGCAGCCGGAAGUCAGGCUCUGCCAUUUGAACUAUGCAGAUGUCAAGGAGUACUUGGCUAACCCUGAGAAGAUCACCGUGGUGUUCCUUGGAGUCGAACUGGAGAUGAGAAAAGGAUUGCAUGGUGAUGCUGGAGGAGGAGGAGUCCCCUUGGACGAUGAGGAUGGUUUGUUUGCUUGGUUUGCUCUCAGCAUAGAAGCUGCUGCCGCUGAGGAGUUUAAGCAAAGACAUGAAAACUGUUAUUUUCUUCACCCUCCAAUGCCAGCUCUUUUGCAGUUGAAAGAAAAAGAAGCCGGCGUUUUAGCUCAAGCAAGAUCAGUCCUUGCAUGGCACAGUCGAUACAAGUUCUGCCCAACCUGUGGCAGCGCAACCAAAAUUGAAGAAGGUGGCUAUAAAAGAGUGUGUUUAAGAGAAAACUGUCCUAGUCUCCAUGGUGUCCACAAUACAUCUUAUCCAAGAGUUGAUCCAGUCGUAAUCAUGCAGGUUAUCCAUCCAGAUGGAACCAAAUGUCUUUUAGGCAGGCAAAAGCGAUUUCCCCCGGGCAUGUUUACUUGCCUCGCUGGAUUUAUUGAACCUGGGGAGACAAUAGAAGAUGCUGUGCGGAGAGAAGUAGAGGAGGAAAGUGGAGUCAAAGUUGGCCAUGUUCAGUAUGUCUCUUGUCAGCCAUGGCCAAUGCCCUCCUCUUUAAUGAUUGGUUGCUUAGCUGUGGCAGUGUCCACAGAAAUUAAAGUUGACAAGAAUGAAAUAGAGGAUGCCCGUUGGUUCACUAGAGAACAGGUUAUGGAUGUUCUUACCAAAGGGAAGCAGCAAGCUUUCUUUGUACCACCAAGCCGGGCUAUUGCUCACCAGUUAAUCAAACACUGGGUUGGAAUGAACCCCAGUCUCUAAAUGAAAAAUAAUAGCAUCUGUUGGAGUAUUAUUUCAUUUCUAAUACUAUCUAUUUUCAAAUAAGCUUAGAUGUAUUUGUUGAUCAUUAAAUUUUGUAAAAUUUGGGGGGGGCUCAAAAAUAUUUUAAGUAUUUUUUCCAUUAUUAAUUAUGAAAUCCAUAGUUUUGUAAAUUAGAAUGAUGCCUCAGAUUUUCUUAAAUUUAGAGCAAGCCUGUGAACAAUUUUGUUGUGGGUCACAAUUUUAUCUCAUAAAACUGCAUUCCUAUGAAGAAAGGUCAUGUUGGGAUGAAGUGUGCUCCAGGAACAGGAUGAACAUGAAGCUACAGCUUGCAAAGAUGAGAUUCUGUGUUGGAGAAAUGCGUCAACAUAGCUUUAAUGGGGAUGGAGCUCCAGGGUGUUUUUAGUCAUCUCAUUCCUGUUCCCCUGGCCUCGUGGACUAGUGGUAGGACUGUUAAAGUUACUUCUUGUUUAGUCUGACUAGUGUUCAGAAUGGUUUAUUCUAACAAUUUACCCUUACUGACCUCAGAAUACAAUAGUCAUGUGUGGGGAACUAACAUUACUGUUUCUAGGACCUCACUCUUAAAUCAAAAGCUAACUACUACAUCUGUCUGGUUUAAUUCUACUUAAAAUUGUGACUAAGUUAAGUGAAGAUUCUAUAAUUUUCCACUGGACUUUAACAUUUUAGAAAGGAAUCCCUGAAGUUCGGGAACUAAAUUUCAAGUAUAUUUACAUACUAAAUAAAUCACUGGUUGUAUUUAAUUUUCUGAAGAGGGAUGUAUUAUAUAUAUUCCCAUCAGUAUUCAUUACACUGAAAUACGAUAUCUUAGUUUUGACCUUAUUUCGUCACAUUCUAAGCACCCUUAAUUAGUAUAUUUUAGAAUCAAAUUGCUAAAAUCUUUGGGAAGUAAUUGUAGUAUGUCACAGUUUUACAGUAUAGCCACAUAUAUUUUACUUGGUUGUUCUGCAGUUGUUUAUAUAAAUGUACACAUUUUCCAUCUUUGCUCUUCUGUUCGAACUUGAAGAGACCUUAGACACAGUAAAUGUUGAACAUAAUGAAUGUAACAGUUUGUAGUCUGCACGUAAGAACUAGAUUUUUUCUGUAGUGGGAAACAGAAAUUAUUACCAAAAACAUCUAUAGAAUAGGGGCUAGGAAAUGGCUCCAUCACUAAGGCGCUUGCUGUGCAGGCAUGAAGACUUAAGUUCAGAUCCUCUGCACCCUUUAAGGAUUGGAUUUAGAGACAUGAAUAUCUAAUCCCAGAUUUAAAGAGGCAGAGACACGUGUACUCUGGGGGCUUGUCCAGUCAGUCUAAUGAAUCAGUAAACUCAAUGAGAGUCCUUGUCUCCAAACACAAGGUGGAAGACUGGAGAUGGCUCAGUGAUGAAGAACACUUUCCAUUCUUGGGGAGGACCAGAGUUUUGUUCUCAAGAUCUUCCUCAGGCAACUCAAUCCACCUGCAACUACAGCUCCGAGGCAUCCAGCACCAUCUCCUGACCUCCUCAGGCAUCUGCAGGCAUGUUUACAUGAGACACAGACGCAUGCAUAGAAUGACUGAGGAGGAUCCUGACUUCCACCUCUGGCCUACACACACACACACACACACACACACACACACACACACACACGUUGAAUAGGUUAAAAGGAGUGCUAAUAGGAAGAAUUAGUUUAUCAAAUAUCAUUCAUAUUUUUAACUGAAAUAUAACUUUCUCAGAGAAUCUAUUGAACAAAUGAAUAUUCUUGUCUAGUUAAUGACAUCUUAUUAGAAUCAGAACCUUAGAUCAAACCAAAACCUACACAGGACAUUUAUGUACUUGGCAAGUUGGAGCUAUAUAGCUAUACUGAACUAAUAUUCUUUGAUUAUUAUGAAAUAUGAUCUAUUGAAGUUCAUUUUUGUUUCAAAUGUGCUUUUAAAUACUUGUAGACUCUAGUGUCCUUAAUGUUAAAAAGCAGAGUAAAAUACAGAUGUCAAAAUGUAUAGAUUUAGUUUUAGGUUCCUUCUAUACUUGCAGAAAAUCAAUGAGUAAAUUACUGUUUGGUUUGGUUUGGUUUUGGUUUUUUGACACAGGGUUUCACUGUCUAAUAGCCCUGGCUAGUCUGGAACUAGCUCUUGUAGCCUGGCCUUGAACUCACAGAGAUUUGCCUGUCUUGGCCUUCCACAUACUGGGAUUAAAGGUGGUGUGCCACCACCACCCAGCUUGAGUAAAUUAUUGCUUUUUUUUUAAUAAUCAUUCCUUAGCUGUGACCUUUGAGAGGUGAGGAUAGAUAUUCAUAGUAAUGAUUGCUAUUUUCACCAGUUCUAGAGGGGCAAGUACCACACAGAUAUUCAGAAAUCAUUGUAACAAUGCAAUAAAAUAUAUUCUGUUUGCGGAUUGUGUACAUUUUUAAUGUCCUGAUGAGUUUCUUUAACAGAAAUUUUACCAUUUUCAUGUACAUGGAAGAUUAUUUUCUCCUUUUUUUUUUGAGCUGUAGUCUCAUUGUAUCCCAAGAAAUAUUCGAAAUUGCAAUUUUCAUGCCUUAGCCUGUAGAAUUCUUGAAUUAUAGGUGUGUCCAACCUUACCUGAUGAGAAAAUUAAAAUUUUGAUUUGGUGCAGGGGUGUUUCCUAAUGGUAAUAUAUGUAUGUAAUGUCUCCAAGGCUCUGGGUUUGAACUUAAGCAUUUUAAAAAAAGAAAUCAAUUUGGAUCUUAAGUUUUGUAGUUUGUGGUAAAAUGUACCAACGCGUGGGACUGUGUGGACUAAUGUCAUCGAUAAUUAAAGUCUUAAGGUUUGAAGUUAUUUGUGUAGCAGGGUCUGCUUUAAUUACUUGUCUACUGUGGUCAAUAUUUGCAUUUUUUUAUUUUUUUACGUUUUCACUUCUUCAUAGUUUGUGAUGCAUAGAAACCCCAUGGCCUGACCUGGCAAAGCAAGCCUAUAAUUUCUGAAAAUCAGGCCUGAGGCUGGAGGAUUCACAUUCAAGAGCUAUCUGAACUAGAGUGACUUUGAAACCACGCUGGGACACUUAGUGAAACCCUGUCUCCAAAUAAGAAACCAAAGUGGCGACAUAAGCACUCAGCGGUCGAAGCCUCACGGAGCAUGCGCUUCAACCCCCAGCAACAUCAACACAGAGUAGGAACUCGCACUGCUGUGAAAACCAGUCAGUCUGUUAAGGAUAAGCUGUGAGCAGAGAGAAAAGAGAGUGGAACAGAUGAGACCAUGAGGGAAAAGGAAGACAUAAGCUUGAUGCCAUAGGGGCAUAUGAGAGCUGGGCUGUUUAGAGGAGGCAGAGCUUCUACGUAAUGGUAGCAAAUGACUGUGUUUUCCAAAAGUUGUUAAAUGCCGGGCGGUGGUAGUGCAUGCCUUUAAUCCCAGCACUCGGGAGGCAGAGGCAGGCGGAUCUACAAGAGUUAGUUCCAAGACAGGUCCCAAAGCUACUAAGAAACCCUGCCUGGAAAAACAAAAAAAAGACAAAGUUGUUGAACAGGAAAGAACUGCAGAAAAGCAAU